GAAAGAGGUCAAAAGAAGAAAACAGUAGGAGACCGGGCACGCUGUCUCUCCGUCUCCGCCCUUUGCAAUACGAGGGCAUUCUCUUCUUUUCCUCUCUUCAGUCACCCGCCCAUUGAAGGUGAGUUAAUUACUAACCAACUAUUGCUUACUCUGCAGCAGGAGUCGGGGUCUUCGUGGAAGCCAGAGCUACAGAGUUGAGCCCUUUAUAACGCAACUGGGGGACUUGCCUCUCUCUUCCUCGACUCUCUGAGCCUUAAGUGCACCCGAGUAGGUUGAUAGCUGGAGACGGGUGUGCUUUUCUGAAGACCGGGGCUGAGAUGCAUUUUUUUUUUUUUUUUCAUCUGCCUGUUUAGGUUGGGUAAAGCAUAUUGUGCAGGCAACAAGAAAAGAAAACAAGUUUGCUUUAGAAAUUUCCAUCUCUGAGCAAUUGAAAUUGAGUUGUGAUUUUGGAAGAGAAUAGUUGGAGUAGACGGAGUAGAAAUGGAAAAUCGCCCCGGGGAGGAACAGUGCUUUGGUUUUCCAUUGCAUUUCUAACAGGAAAUUUUCCCAUAGCUUUAUCAACUCAAUGUCUAUCUUUAUUUAAAUAAAAGGUGCAGUGUGUGUGUUCUGUGUGUGUGUGUAUGUGUGUGUGUGUGCGCGUGCGCGUGAUAAAGGAGCUCCUUGUGGAAGGGUGUGGAAGGUGUGAGCCGUGCUAGGUUGUUUGUAAGGUGAUGUGAGGUUUGGUUACAUUGGAAAAACUCCAAGUCAGGUUACCAGCUCAUCUUUGGAAGCCCAUGGAUAAUCUAGUUGCAAAGUCAAGCCUAUUUGAGUUCAACCUCAUUAAAUUUCUUACUUUGCCUGUUAAUAGACACAAGGCCUGGCAAACUGGAAGCUACUCAGCUGUGCCAGGGCCCCACCCACGUUAAUACUUCACCAUAGCAUGUCAAGUCUAGUAGGAAUUCCGAGAGGGGUUCAGGCCGAAGCAGUGUGGCAGGAUCCAGAGAGGAGAACCAGACCAGUGCCGUGGUUUUUCUUUGCAUUCCUUCAGGUGUCCUGCUGGCAAUAUGUGCGGCAGUGUUCCCCGCACACGGACGCUGGGUGUAGAAGCCAAGUCAGGGUAACAAGUCAGCUCUCCAUCCUCUAGCUUGUGGGAGUUAACACUCUGUUCCUUAACUUGACGCCUUUUCCUCCUGCUUCCAGAAAAAGGAAGUGGGAAGACCUAGUGCCAGGAUCCCAGAGCCUGGCACGCAAGCCCUGAAUUGGGUUUCUUCCUGGCACCAGAACCUUUAGGCUCUAGCUCAGCCCACACCCCAGAACCAGCCCACCAAGCUCAGUGACUGAGGGCUGCCACAGAUGGUGACCUUGUCAGCAAUAAGGAUGAGCUGUGAUGUCAAGCAAAGCCCCUCUGCACAGGGGAUGUUUCCACCCCACUCUCCCUCAAAUCUACUGGUGAAAGAGGCAAUUAUAUAAUUGCCUAAACUUACAUGGAAACCUGCCCAUGUGCUUGUGGAGAGGGAUACGCAUACAGCGCAACUUUUAGUUUUCUUGGCCUCCUUAGGAUGUUCUCCAGUCCAAGGCACAUUUGACUGGUCAGCAGGAGACCUGGAGACCUGGAGACCUGGAGAUCGGAAACCUCUUUGACCACUAGGGAGAGAGAUGAGUUCUUAGAGGAUUUGGGGGUGGUUUCAUGGGAGGAGGGUGACCAGGGAGCCUUCAGACUGUUCAGGAGGUACAGAGGAGCCAAACAGGAGUGGGCUGGAGCCCUCUUCCCACCCCACCCCGUCCAGAUGCCAGAAUGCCACAUGCCAUUUUUUUUACUCUCCUCCAAGGCUUGGCUGGCUUCAGGGAGUGGUUAAUAUUUAAUAUGCCUUUGCACGGGUGACGCUGAUACAGGCUGUGCACAUCUCUUAAUCCAUUCCUUUCUCCCCUCAAGCUGCCCAAAGAGGUCAAGUGUUCAAAGAUACCAAACUCUCACCUUGAGUGUUUUGCCUGUUGUUCCGCUUAUCAAGUAGAAAUACCUCAGGUUUCAAAAUGGCUGCCCUGAAACAGCCCACAAGUUUCAAGGUUGUAAAGUUGUUGGAAGGAAGUGCAGCAUCCAGGUCAGGUCAGCCUGGAGAGGGAGUGGGAAGAAGAGAAGACAUCUUCACGGUUCAGACGUUUGGGAUCAGAACACUAGGUGUGGAAGGGAGGUGGAAGCACACUGGGGAUCAUUCAGCUUUGGUUUCAGGUCCAGGUUAAUCUCUGUGGUGAUUCUGUUGUGCUUACUUGAGUGUCAGCAACAGUUGAUGUCAUUUCUUUACUCUGGAAAUAUCUGUUGUUGGGACAAAAAGCUGGCCUGGAUGCAUAAAGUUGAAUCAAAAGAGGAUGUUCCUGGGGUUUUCAGUGUUUAGUCAGGGGUGGCCAAUGGUCCUUCUUUAGGUACAUGGCCCUCUUGCGUGUGGAAAGCCUUUGUGAUACCCUCUAGAAGGGCUGGGAGCCACGGGCUGUCCCAUAGAUGCAGUUAUAUGGAUCGUUUCCUACUUCCCAUAGGAAGGGGAGUUAGAAAGAACCCCAGCUUUCUUAGCUGUCAAGUGGAGAAAAUAUCCCAUCCUGCCUAAGCUAGCAGUUUUUUUAAAAAACUCAAUUAGCAUAUCUGAAAGCACAUUAUAAGCUAUACCCUGCUGUGUUUUUUGAAGCAGUGCUGUUCAUAUUGUUUCUAUCUCUUCCAGCUGCUUCAAGCCAUCCUUGGUUCCAAAGUGAGAGUGUGUUAGGCUGCCCUGGGAGGAAGGAGAGGCUAGCAAACCCCUGUAAAGUCCAACACGUGCUUGGAAGAACAAGGCAGUAAUUUUUUUCUGAAAGGAAAAGGCAGCAUCUGCAUAUCUGUUCACAGAGAACAUUCCAUUAAUUACAGCCCAGCCUGGGACAUUCUCCACUUCCCUUCACUUCCCCUCUGGGAGCCCCUUUCACCACCCCUGCACCUUGCUUCAGGCGAUGCCCGAGAGAGAGCUGUGGCCAGCAGGGCCUGGCUUGGAACCCACCACCCGCGUCAGCAGCUGCGACAGUAUGAUGAGCACCACCUCCACGCGCUCUGGAUCUAGUGACAGCAGCUACGACUUCCUGUCCGCUGAAGAGAAGGAGUGUCUGCUAUUCCUGGAGGAAACCAUUGGCUCCCUGGACGCCGAGGCUGACAGCGGGCUGUCCACUGGCGAGUCUGAGCAAGCCACAACUCCCCGAGGUCCCCGAGCACUUCCCCUGACCCAGCCUGCCCCCCAGGGACAUCCAGAGGAGACAACUGUCCGAGGACCGGAGCCAAAAAGAGUGACUCCAUUCAGCUCAGCUCAUCCCCCCAGGCCCCAAAGCCUGGGCCUCAGGUCUGGCUCCAACAGCCUCCCCAGAAAUAUCCACAUCGGCAGAAACCAGAACCUCAGAAAAAGCACCACCCUGACUAACAGCCAUAAUCGAGGGGGAUCCGAGGGACUUGUCUCGGGACCUGAGACAGAGAGGGUCAGCCAGAGCCCUGAGCCCAGCCACGCGCUGGUCACGCCCCCAGAGGCUGCCCUUGAGCUGGCCGGGGCGCUCAUCCCCCCACCGGAGGCUUUCCAGGACGCCCAGCCCGAGCAGCGUGGCCAAGGCAGCCUGCCCAGAGGACCAGGGGAGCUGAGCCCCAGGCCCCAGGCCCACCCAUCACUUAGCUCCCAGAGAAACAGGGAGCCGGCUCCAGAGGCCAUGUCCCAAAAAGCCAGUGAGAAAGGCUCAACCGGGGAACCUGCACCACCUCGGCCUCCUCCCCUGGUGUGCUCUCGGGAUGCAGGCGCUAGAGAUGCGGCCGUCCCUUCUGGGGGCCAUCCAAAUGGCCGGCCGGCCCCCAUCACGGCCCCUAAGCCCCGGAAGCUGCCGCCAAACAUUAUCCUGAAGAGCAGCCGCAGCAGUUUCCACAGCGACCCCCCAAACCGGCUGUCCCGCCGCUCGGAGGCUGCGCCCGGGGACCCCAGCCCCGCCUCGUCCUCACUGCAGGAGCAGAGGAAAGCACGCAGGGAAGCGCUGGAGAAGCUGGGGCUGCCGCAGGACCAGGAGGAGCCCAGCCCCCGCUUAAGCAGGCCCUCCGUCAGGCUCAAGGAGACUGGCGCUCAGGCCGUGUCCCCGGCCCCAGCCCAGGUCCCCGGAAGGGCCCUGGCCCCUGCACCCACGCGGGGCCCUUCUCCCGGGAAAGCGCCAGCUCUGGCCCAGCCGCCUUCUCCAGACAAGGUUCUGGUUCCCUCCCAGGAGCCCACUCAGGGGACAGCUCCAGCUGCCAAAUCCACGCCAAUUCCUGUCCCGAAGGGCCCGCGGGCACGCAGUCCCCUGACCCAGCAAAAGCCAGACUCCGGGCUGACCCUCCAGGAGAGCGGCGUCCCUGGCCUCAGACAGAUGAGCUUCAAGUCCAGCACCCUGGAGCGGUCAGGCGUCGGGCUGAGCAGCUACCUCUCAGCGGAGAAGGCUCCCAGCCCCCAAACCAGCAGCUCUCUGGAAAAAGGCUCCUUGCCGGACAGGAUCUCGCCCGGCGUCUUGCGUAAUUCCCGGCCGCGCCCGGCCUCGUUGGGCACGGGGAAGGACUUCGAGGGUAUCCAGGUGGGCAAGCUGGCUGACCUGGAGCAGGAGGGGCGCCCCAAGCACCUCUCUUACCAGGGACAGAGCCGAGACAAGCUGCCCCGGCCCCCCUGUGUCAGCGUCAGGAUCUCCCCAAAGGGGGUGUCCGAUGAACACAGAAGGGAGGCUCUGAAGAAGCUGGGCCUGUUGAAGGAGUAGGCCACUGGCCACCAGCCCAACCCACACAGCCCCCUCCCCGCACCCCAUUACUCAAGGUGGGACGCAGAGCUCGACUUAGCCUCCCCACCUCGCGACUCAGGAGCUGGACAGGGGUCAGCUCCUCUCCAACGGCGGCCUCUCUCUGAGGGAGAGCCUGGAGCACACACUUAUAUUCACGGCAGCUCUGCCAAUGAAAGUGAAGUCGCUCAGCUGUGUCCGACUCUCUGCGAACCCAUGGGCUGUAGCCUGCCAGGCUCCUCUUGUCCAUGGGAUUUUCCAGGCAAGAGUACUGGAGUGAGUUGCCAUUGCCUUCUCCAGGGGAUCUUCCUGACCCAGGGAUCGAACCCACGUUUCAGGCAGAUGCUUAACUGUCUGAGCUACAGGGAAGUCCUCAGUGCCUGCACAAAUGAUCCUGAAGAGGAUUUCCACAGGAGGGUGUGUGUGUGUGUGUGUGUGUGUGUGUGUGUGUAUGUGUGUGUGUGUGUGUUUUAUACGCUGUAUAUAUCACUGACGCUAUUUAUAUGACACAAGGAGUCAUUGCUCAGAAUUCUGUUCUGGUUGAAAUUUUUCUUAUGCUGGGUAGAGUUCAGCCUAGCCAGAACUGAGUGGAGAGGCAUGGCUGAGCCUGAGAAAAAUAGUCAAAUGAGACAAUAGACGUUCCCAUGACAUUAGGCAAAUACAGAGUCACAUGAAACGUGGGUCUCCCAGAAUCCCCACAGUGGAUGGAGACUGGCUCAGACCUUGCUGGAGUCCCCUCUCUCUUCUGGCCUUCUAGACAGAGGCCCAUGGCCAAGGAGGCUGUUUGCUGCCCUCUCACUGUCCUUAGUCCUGAGGAUCAGACACAUCCUGACACUCUUGUUGGUCUGUGGAGGCGGGAUGAAUAUCUACACAUCAUACUUCCCUUGGGGAGGGUCUUGUCCUUAAGGCUUGUUAAACUCAGUGAUAAACUUUGAUGGGCCCUGACUCCGAGAUCCCUGUUUUUCCUGCUCUGGAUCUCCAUCUGCACAGGACUGAAGUCAGGGCUGGGCCACCAGUGAGUUGGGAACUCAAGCCUAGAGACAUUGUAAAUACCAAGAAACUCUUGAAAGCCUUUGUCUACAUGAUUGCAAAUUAUGUUUUGAUUUCCUCAAUUCCUAUGGAAAAUCAGCAGCUUACAUUCUCUGCUAAUUAUUUACGUAUAGACCAGCAGAGCUGGGGGGGCCAUAGAGACCCUCUAAUCCAGUCCUGUUAGGGAAGGGAAGUGGCUCAUCGUGGUCAAUGUGCCAUUAGUGACAGAGCUGAGGUCAGAGCUGGGGCUCCCAUUCCCUCCCACACUGCAGGCCCUGCCCCUCCAGCAGGGCCCUUGUCCAUCCACACAGCAUCCUCAGGACCAGCAGUCACCAGCAGAAGUCUAACCUGAAAGUUCUUCAAGCUCUAAGGUGUCUUCUGAAACAGCAGACAUUAAAUGUUCAGGAUCAUA